GUUAGCACCAGCAGGUAUAAAGAGGGCUACCGUCAGCUCUUAUUCUUUAGACUAGCUAUUCUACAGUGUGUCUGUGUCGGCUUUCUGUUACUGCCGGGAGGAUGUGUCGCAAUGUUAAUUUAUUUCAGUUGAAGCCACACUUCCUUUUUUUACCUUCUACCUUCUUUGUAUUUGCGCCUGAAGAGAAGUUGAACGAGACAGGCGCGAACAUGUAGCCUAGGCGAUGCGUUGAUAGUCUCAGCAUUUGUACUUGAUAAACAAUUUAAGUAAAUUGUCAUCAGAAAAACUGAAGAAAACCUGGAUGAUGUAACGUUAUGCAGUGCUAUUCUGAUAAUAAGAUACGAGUCGAGACUGGUGAGCACAGUGGGAGAAACCAGAAUUGAAACCUGCGGUGUGCCAGUGAAGGUGAGCUGUUGAGUGAAUAGGUGAGCGGUCUGAUGGAGAGCCCGUCUUCUACGACCAGGCGCCAGGCCUGGGUCCAGACCAGUCGACAGUGGCUGACCCGGAAAGAACUAGAUCCACAGGUACCAGGACCAUACAUCCACCCCUCUGCCCACCCAUCUACCCUACAACGGCCAGGAUACACCCAUCCCUCUGAUCAACACCAGUCUGCAUCAGAGGAUCACGUCUUCUCAGAUGGAUGCUCUGCAGGAAAGAUUGAGAGCUGGCUUCUGGGCUGUGGGCUGGAGACAGGCUCAGAGAACUCUAGCAAUCAUCUGACUGUUGAGUCUCUGCUGAAAGCGAACAGUUUUGAAGAUGACCUGAGUCUGGGUGCCGAGGCUACAGCAUUAAAUGUCGAAGGAGUCUCAGAACUGAGGGUGCUGCUUCCGCCACCCAAACAUCUUCACAGAGGUGGAGUCACCACCAGUACUCCCCGUCAGAGGCUGGCUCUGCCCUUACUCCACCUCGGUUACAGUUUUGCCUCCAGUGGCUUCUCUAACAGCACCAGUAAGGCAUCAAGGACAUCUCUAUCUCCCUCUAUCUCUCCAUCCCCACCACUCACCUACACACACCCCAGUGUGUCUGAGGUGCUGCAACUGUGUGCAGAGGAUGCAGAGGAGACUCUGUACGAGUUGGGGUUCGGAUGUGACGAGCCUGAGGUUACAGACCGCAUCCCCACCCGUUUCCUCAACUUCCCCUCCCAGCUUCACGGUAUCAACUUCCGCCUCUUCCUCCAGUCCCAACUGUACCGCCUCCGACAGGAGGACCCAGGACUCUCUCUGGCCAGUCGUUUCAGGCAGGUAGAGGUGCUAACAGCCAUGGCCAAUGCCUUCUACUCCCUCUACUCCCAUGUGUCCCGCAUGCCCCUUCAGAAGCUCUCCCCUCCCGACACCACCGACAAGCAGACUGGACGGCACUUCAUGGGAAGCGUUCGCAGCGAACCGAGGUCUCCAGUGAAUCGACUCAAGGACACGGUUUCUAAGAUGUGCCUGUAUACUAGCUCUGGUGGUUCCACCCAGCUAGGCUCGGGCUCUGCCUGCCACGGUCCGGGAUUUUCUUCCGGACCUGGGUCUGGGUUGUCCCCCAAGAAGAGAAGCAGCCUGCCUGACUUGGUGGGACUGGUCCUGGAGAAUGCCAAGGCAGAGGCUGUAUACAGAGACAUGGAGGAGGAUAAUCAGGAUACAGGGGACAGUAAUGGGAUGAGUGCUGCUGUGGACAUGAGUACUAUGGUGAAGGAUAGAGAGACAGAGACACAAGGACACAUAGACACAGUCAGUGACAAGGAGAUGGAGCAGGGUUUGUUAUCAGAUGUACAGGAUAUGGACACAUGGCAUAGUAGUUUGAUUAAUUCUGUGGAGCCACAUCUGGUCAAGGACAGAGCGACAGAGACACAGGGACAUAGAGACACAGUCAGAGGCAAGGGGUUGGACAAGGGAUCGUCAUCAGAUGGGGAUGGGGCUGAUUUAGAGAGAGAGAGAGACACCGAUGGAACUCCAAACCUUCGAGCAUCAUCACUUUCAGAAUCAGGUCAGCGAGAACCCAGUAGUAGAAAGAAGCUGGACUUUUGCCUUACUACUCCAAGACCUACUUGUGAGGUUGGAGAAACUCAAAACACAAUUCAUCCCACAGACUGGGCAGCGGUGGUGGCACCGGUUGCCAAGGUUACCCAUGACAUCAUAUGUCCUCAGGUCGUUGAGAGUGUGCACCAGGCACUCUACAGCAGUCAACUACAACAGUGGAAUAAUCACACACAGAUGGCGACCAUUUUGUCAUCUGUUGUGUCCUGUGAGAAUGUCAGACCUGACCGGUCCUUCUCCACAUCAGACACACUACACAAACCCAGGGAGGAGAAGGGUUUAACUACCAAUAACUCAGCCAAGAGUUUAAAGGUCGUCUUAACUCCCAUUCCAAAGGCUGAGUCUGAGGGUGACUCCCGUUUGGGAGAAACUGGGACACUGGUGGAGUCAACGUUCGUGCCCAUAAAGCUCCCUAGUGGAAAGAGGUCCCCUUGUCUAAUCACUGUAACUGAUGUGGCUUGUAGUUUUAGUUCUGCAGACACACCGGAAAUGGUUCUCACUCCCAGUGGUGGUACCACUGAGGUGCCUACAGCAGCCCAGUGUUAUCCAGGUGUAUUGGAGAACAAGUGGUACCUGAGUCCUCUGAAACCACCACCAAUCCGGGUCCAAGGGGAGGCCUCCCACAGUCUUCAACAGGCCAACUCCUUUGAGCUAGAGGAGGUACAUAGUGCAGGGGAGGAAGACUUUGGACAGCAAGAAACCAUAAGGUCAACAUCUUUGUCACUGUCUACUGUCAAUCAAAACACAGGUCUGGUGGUUCGAGGGGACAGCAUGCAGUCAGACAGUAGUGGCUAUGCUGAUGAAGAUGUCAACUUUUCAGUCUACUCCCCUGACAGAGACAAGAGCUGACAGACCGAUAAGGGUUGAGUUCCUUUCUGACUCGAUGCGCAGGCAUUGCAUUGCAUCAACCAAUGGUCGCGUGCCAUGUCAUAGACUGUGCAGUUGGGCGUCAGAUUGCUAUAUCAUACGAUGUGGUUAGGUGAUAUGUUAAAAUACCUAUCAAGGCAUUGUAGUCAGGCAGGAACUUGACCAAGGCCCUCUGGGAACUUGAUUCAGGGAACUCUGAGUAUUCUUUAUAUGAGUCACACAGGAAACAUGUUCACCCACUGGAGGUAUAUUCAACAGAUACUGAUUGUUUGAUUAUGAAGUAUGAAGAGGUUUGACUCUCUGUUCAUGUUAGUGUUAAUGACUUUAUGAAUCAGGUGGCAUCAGUCGGUGCAUUCUGAAUGCUGACACUCCUAUGCAACACCAGUCCUUUGACUGAGUGCAGACAGAGUUGCAUAAUCUGACGGAAAGGAUUGCCCUGGAGGUAUAGUCCACACAUACUGUUUAACUGUGAAGAGAUUGUCCUAUCUCCAUGUAUAGUGUUACUGUUGAUGACAAUCAUUAAAUCGAUGUUACACCCGAUCCGUUUCACCUUUGUGCUUGUCUUAACCCCCCUCCAGGUGUCGCCCAUCUUCCUCAUUAUCCCCGGUGUAUUUAUACCUGUGUUCUCUGUCUGUAUCCAGUUUGUUUUGUUAUGUCAAGCCUACCAGCGUGUUUUCCCGUCUGUCUCUAGUUCCUGUUUUCUAGCUUUCCCGGUUUUUGACCAUUCUGCCUGCCUCGACCCAGCCUGUCGUUCUGUACCUUGUCACACCACCCUGGAUUACUGACCUCUGCCUGCCUGCUGUUCUGUACCUUUCGGACUUUGCUCUGGACUACUGACCUCUACAUGCCCUUGACCUGUCGUUUGCCUGCCUCUGUUAUUGUAAUAAACGUUUGUUACUUCGAAACUGUCUGCAUCUAGGUCUUCUCCUGAGCCUUGACAGAUGUACUGUACAUAAGAUACUACUGCUGUGCCUUUGUGAAAGUUGGUAUUUAUUUAUUGGAUGUUAAUAAAGAUAAUUUAAACACA